GAACUCUUUCUAAAAUGUAUUAUAUAAGCCUUCUUAUACCUCAUACAAUCACUGAAUAAAAUUUAACUUUUUCUUGAUGAUUGGUUAUCAUUGUGAUCGUAAGUUAUUUUACUGUGCUGAAAUAUAGUGCUGGUCUUUGAGGGCUGCGUGAUGUAGAAGGUGGUUUGCUUUACUAAAUGUUUCUCUAUGGCUGUGCUUAUUUUGAGUUGUAUCUACUUUUUUUUAGUUUUUCUACCCCGACCUGUGUUUUUGCAGCCCAUUAUUUAUUGUUCCUCAUCUCCCUCUCCCACUUUUUAUGUGUAUAAAGCAAGAAUAAAAAGGCUCUGAGGUAGUCUUUUUUGAGCAAAGUAGACAGGCAUUAGUAAGAAAAUGUAACCUUUUUUUCUGACCUCCAUCCUGAGGUCUUUUAUGCUUAUUUCCUGGUUCUUGGCUAUGUUUCAGGUAGUUGAGAUUGCAGAAAUAAGGGGGAUAAUAAUAAAUUAUAACCAUGAACUGGUCUGUGCUAAGCACUUUACAAUUAUUAUCUCAUUUGAGCCUCACUUCAAUAAGAGCACUCUUCUUAUUUUAUGAUGAGGAAACUGAGGCAAACUGAGUUUAAGUGACUUGCCCAGGAUCACAUAGCUAAUGAGCCUGGGCAUGUCACUUAACUUCAGUUUACUUUAGUCCACUGGGAAAGGAAAUGGCAAACUGUUCCAGAAUCUGCCAAGAAAACCCCAUGGAUAGUAUAUAUAGUCCACUGGCUCAUGAAGAGUUAGAUGUGACUGAACAACAACACAAAGUAAGUGUAUGAGGCCAUAUUUGAAUGACAAUCUUCCUAAUUUCAAGCUCAGUGCUCUAUCCAUUAUGCCACCUAUACUUAGGUUUAUUUCUGCCCUUCCUCGUUAUGUAGCCCAUUUGAGAUCUUAGAGGACCCUCACAUCCCCUUUAGCUUUCUUUCCUGGCUUUUUGGGAGAUGCUAUUAAUUGCUUUUCUGGAAAAUUUCUUUGGGAUGCUUUGGUCCUCAGAUGCUCAUAGAUGUGGCUUAAAGAGUAAGAAGGGAUGUAGGCUGUUGGGGAUGAAGUGGCAAACUUAAAUAUAUUUGUUUUCACCAUUGCCUGUCUAUUCUCAUAUCUUGCUAAACAAGUACCAGUCUUGGGGUCAGGAGAAUCUGUUUCAAAUAAGGCCCCUUAUUCUUAUUAUUUGUAUGACCUCUGGGAAAGUCCUCAUUACAUCUUUCAACUUAGUUUUAUCUUUUCUGAAUUGAAGCUAAUCAUUCAACCCACUACACAGUGUAUGAGGAAACACUUUGUAAACCUUAGAGCUCUUUUAUAACUGUGAAUUAUUAUUGUUAAGAGAAAGUACUCUUUAUAAAUAAAGUCUGGGUUAUUGGGAAUUGCUAAUACUGGAUUGAGAGCUAAGAAAUUCAGUUUUCUGCUAGUGAAUUGUUUUGACAUCCCAUGUAAAUUAUAUUGCUGCAUUCGAUUCACCAUCUACCAUCUUUUCACAAGAAUGCUGUAAAUAACAUCAGAAGUAUUUUGAACUCCUCUAAAGAGCCAUUGUGUAAAUGUAAUGUAAAAAAAUGGUGAUAAUAAUAAUGAUUAUGAUAGGAGGAAGAGAGUGUCUUUGGAAUUGUUUUUCAGCUGUUCUCUUAUGUGAAGUGAUAGAUUUCCUGACUUCUCUUUCUUAGUAAGAAUUCCCUUGGAGAAGCUAAGGGUGUACAGGGGAGGGAAAAUAGCAUGUUUGGAAUGAUUUGAAUUAUGUUUCUAGUUUAUUUUGUAUGCCUUCCUAUAAGUAUGUUUUCAGUCUUUCUAAGAAAAGCUGAUUACUAAUGGGCUUAAGCAUCCAAGAAAUUUGGAAUGAUUUGGAAAAAAGCUUUCAGUAAAAGUAUAUUGUUCAUCAGGGACUGUAUUACAACUUUGCAUUUGUUACUGUCUGGAGAUAAGCUUUCUAGGGUAGGCUAAACCUUUCCAAAUUUGGCAAAGGUUUUGAGAAUGUGUUAAUGACCUGAUUUUUAAAAAGGAAGUUGGCUCUGUUUAAAAAAGAGAGAAAGAUAACUAUCAGCCAAGUGAUAUAAUUAACAUUGCCAACCAGGGCUGGCAUUGGAAGGCCCUGAAUUCAUUUCUAGCCUCAGACUCCUUUCCUAGCUGUGUGACCCUAGGCAAGUCUUGUUUGCUUCAGUUUCCUUAUCUGUAAAAUGGGUAUAAUAAUAGCAUCUACGUCUCAAGGUGGUUGUGAGAAUCAAAUGAGAUGAUAAUGGUAAAGUACUUAUUAUGGUGUUUGGCACAUUAAUAGUUGUAUGUAAUAAACAUUGUAUAUUUCAAUGGUUAGCUAUUAGUAUAAAGAGAGCUCCUCUAGUGCAAUGGAAUGUGGAUUUGGAGUUGGAGUAAGAGGGUCUUGAUGCAAAUCCCAAUGCUUCUACUUGUACUUGCUUUGCUUGUCUGGUCCCUAGUCUCCUCAUCUGCAAAAUGAGGGAAUUAAACUAGAUAACAUUUUAAUGUUCUUCCCAGCUCUAAAUUAUGAUUCUGUGACAUUACAAAGGGAUUGAUGUGAAUUGGAGAAGGAAAUGGCAAUAUCUUUGCCAAGAAAACCCCAAAUGGGGUCAUGAAGGUACACAUGACUGGAACGACUGAACCAAGAGUAAAUUAGAUUACAGAAAGACCCUUUGAAGCCUGACUGAGGAGUUUAGACUUGAAGUAAUAGAGGGGCAUUCUCUGAAAGUUUUUGAGCAAGAAGAAAGUAAUGUUUUGACAGGAAGAAAAUGUUUGGGGAAUUAAUCUGGCAAUAUAUUUAUGCAAGAUGGCUUUAAGGAGGAAGUGAUUAGAGUUAGGAAAGCCAUGCAGGAAACUACUGGAAUAAUCCAAGUGUCAGUUGUUAGAGGUUUAGGGUCACGUGGUGCAUAGGAGUAAUAGGAAGGAAGAGACAAAUACAAGAUUGUUCAGUGGAAGAUUUGUUUGGCUGGACUUUGGCGGCUGACUAGAUGGGAGAGUCGGUGUGUUCUACAAAUUAUAGCAGGAGAGAAGUUGAGGUGUGGUCAUUGUCAGAACCUCAGAUCCUUCAAGUAGGAUGAAUGCUGAGAAGAAGGUUCCUGGAUCCAAGGCUUUUCCCUGGCAGGCUUUGCUCUCCUUUGCAGUUCAGCCUCAUCUUUUAAAGCGUCAUUACAUACGGAGAAGAGCAUGGUUGGCACCUAUGCGAUUGUACACCCUUUCCAAGCGCCACUUCGUCCUGGUCUUUGUUGUGUUCUUCAUUUGUUUUGGCUUGACUGUCUUCAUUGGAAUUGCAGGUCCCCAGGCGAUCCAGUCUACUUCAGAAGACCACCAAGUGAACAGUAGUAGCUUAAAGCUAAAGCCAUUUCUUCUCAAUUCUGGACCACUCAGUACAUACAAUCAGCAGUUAUGGCUGACAUGUGUUAUUCAGCUGGAUCAAUCAGAUGAUACUACAAUCCAGACAAGCUUUUCCAUGACUGUGAAAGUGGAUGGUGUAACUCAAGGUGCAAGCAAGACAUUUGUACAUAACAAAGUUCACAAUCGGACAAGGACCCUCCACUGUGCAGGGAAAUGUGCUGAAAUUAUUGUGGCUCAUCUUGGGUAUUUGAAUUAUACUCAGUAUACUGUCAUCGUGGGAUUUGAGGACAUGAAAUCUCUGAAGAUCCACAUCAAAGAUGUGAACUUCACAUGGAGGACUUACAAUCCAUCCUUUUCACAAGUGGAAAUUUGGUUCCGAUUUGUCUUUGUGGUGUUUACCUUCAUAGUCAUUUGUCUAUUUGCACAUUCCCUCCGGAAAUUUUCCAUGAGAGACUGGGGAAUUGAACAAAAAUGGAUGUCUAUAUUGUUGCCCCUGCUGCUUCUCUAUAAUGAUCCAUUCUUCCCCCUCUCCUUCCUGGUGAAUAGUUGGUUUCCUGGUAUGCUGGAUGACCUCUUCCAGUCUGUGUUCCUUUGUGCAUUGUUACUCUUCUGGCUUUGUGUAUACCAUGGGAUCCGGGUGCAGGGAGAAAGAAAAUGUUUAACAUUCUAUUUUCCUAAAUUCUUUAUUGUUGGACUACUAUGGUUGGCUUCUGUAACAUUAGGAAUAUGGCAAACAGUAAAUGAAUUACAUGACCCAAUGUACCAGUAUAGAGUUGAUACAGGCAAUUUUCAGGGCAUGAAAGUUUUUUUCCUCGUGGUGGCUGGCAUGUAUAUUUUAUACCUUCUGUUCUUGAUUGUGAGGGCCUGCUCAGAGCUUCGCCACAUGCCUUAUGUUGAUCUCAGGUUAAAAUUCUUGACUGCACUGACUUUCGUAGUACUUGUCAUCAGCAUUGUCAUACUUUAUCUGAGGUUUGGAUCCCAAGUGUUACAGGAUAAUUUUGUAGCUGAACUGUCAAAUCACUACCAGAACUCAGCUGAAUUCCUAUCUUUCUGUGGCCUGCUGAACUUUUAUCUGUACACCUUAGCUUUUGUGUAUUCACCAUCUAAGAAUGCACUCUAUGAGUCACAACUGAAAGAUAAUCCUGCCUUUUCCAUGCUUAAUGACUCUGAUGAUGAUGUAAUUUAUGGGAGUGAUUAUGAAGAAAUGCCCCUACAAAAUGGCCAGGCUAUUAGAGCCAAGUACAAAGAAGAGUCUGACAGCGAUUGAUGGAGAGCCUGCAGCAACCAGCGUGGCUGAGGAUAGAGAAGGUCUUGGACAGUUUUCCUCAGUGCCCCAACUCUCCAGCCUUCCCUAGCCAUUUGCUUAAAGCUGAACAUUUCCUUACAAGAAAGGCAGUUUUCCCUUUUCCUCUUUGUUUACUGAUUUCUAAAAGACCAACCCAGGACCAAAGGAAAAAUGAAAAUGUUGGGCAAAAGUAUUUAUUAUCAGGGUAGGGAGAUGUGAGAGGGAGAAAGGCAAAUGAAGAUUCACAAGCCUCUUAGAAUAAUGUUUGGGUAACAGUUUUUAUGUUAGAUCAUUAUUUCACUGGGGCUAAAGUGAUUGUUCUUGAACUGAAGGUUUCCAAGUCCUGUAGUUUCCCAGAGUUCCUGAUGCCCUUGUCACCCUCCUUUUUAGCCUAAAGAAUUGUGCCCUAGUCUUUGGUAGCAUGUUCUCUUUAAGUGAUAUAAAAGCACUAAUGAGCCACUAAGUGGCCAGUGGAGAGUAUUGGACUUGGAGUCAGGAAGACCCGAUUUGGGUCUUGCUUCAGACACUUACUGUGUGACUCAUGAGUUAGUCAUCUACCCUCUUGCAGUUCCUCUGUCAAAUGAGAAUCAUUUCCCCUACCUCACAAGGUGGUUGUAAGGCUCAAAGGAAGCCUAGGAAGACAAAGUCUCCCUUGCAAUGAAUACUCUAUAGAAUAGUGAGUCAUUUUGGAAGAUAACUAAAUGCAUACCUGUUGUUAGAAAAUGCUUUCAAAGAUCUCUAUUAACAGGAAUGAUUAUGAAGAAAUACCUCUGCAAAAAUGGCUAGGCUGUUAGGGCCAAAUACAGAGAAGAGUCUGACAGUGGUUUGCAAGCCUUCCAGCACUUUAUAAAUGCUGGAUACGAUGGUAAUGAUGAGUCAUGCAGCAAAGUGGCAACAUUCUCCUUUUUUUUCUUCCUUCCCUUCCUCAUGGACAUUUCUUCUCUAACUCCAGUGGGAAUUUACUGAACCUCCCUUGUGGGGGCAACAUGCUGCUAUUUGGUGGCAAACACUACAUGCACCAGGUUUCUAAGUAUCUUGACUUAAGUUCAUCUCUGAGUUUAGAAACAAAGCAUUAAGUGGAGCUCAGCUGCUGCUGUCUACUGAAGCACAGGGUGGGCAGAAACUAGUUUUUCUGAGGCCUCAAGCAGUGAAAUAUCAGUAGGAGUGCUGCUCUGUACCUCUAAGGACCCAGUGCAGCCUGAUAGGCUGAUUCCUUCUAACCCCUGAGAUAAAUAGGGAUUGAAAUCAUUAACAGCUUCAGUGGCAAAGGUGCUUCUUCAAUCUGUCCAGGACUUGAUCCCUGCAGGCUCUUCCCCUUUGUCAUGUUUGGAUUGGGGUAGAGGAGGGAACCUGUGACAAGUCUAAUAAAGCAGAGAGGUUAUGUGGCUUCAGAGCUCUUACACAAAUGAAACAGUUCCUGAAAUGAGAUGCUAAAAAGCUUUUUCAGAUGUAUAUUGAAAAACCAAUAAAAUUAAUAAUUUUCAUGUCAUUUUGAAACAGUUUGUUCAGAAAACCAAUUUUGAGGUUAGUCAUCUCAAGAAAAUCAACUGGAGCUUUGUAUAAACAGAAUGAGUCACUCUGUUUAUGGGUCACAGUUUUGAAAUUCCAGUGCUGUAGUAACACAGCAUUGAAGGCACCUAAGAAUUUUCAACUCCCCUUUUCCUGGCUGAUUAAUUUAAAAGCAGAGUACAGGUGUGCCUUUUACAUUUAUUUCUGCAUCUUCUUUUCUGGCACUCAUCUUUGAACUGGUGUGCACUGUGGAAACCCCCGUCUAUGACAUUCUGAGGAACAGACGUAGAGUACCAAUAUAUGAUGCAUGCUUAGUAGCCCAAUAUCCUCCUCCUCCUCCUUAUGUGUACCCACAUUCAGAUGUUUAUUACGUGCAAUUAGAAUUAUGCUCUUUCCUGCAGUGCUAGAACUUCAGAUGUCCAUGGGAAUGUUUUUUAUGGUGAUACACUAAAAUUAGCUUUCUUCAUAAGUUAACCUUUAGUGCUGUGAUGGUACCGUUAAUUACCUCUGUUGCUUAAUAUGGACUUCCACUUAGAUUUCUGUAGUUUUUAAAAGUCUUUGUUUAAAAAGAAAAAUCAAUGUUUGAAUUAAAAUUACUGUAAAAUCACAAAGAUGAUUCAAAGUUUACAUAGUUUUUACAUCUGCAAUGUUGUCAGUUACUUGGUAUCUUAUUCUGUACAGUCAUUGAUAUUAAAAAAAAACCUUAAAAAUAAAAGUUCAAGAUAUCUUCCAUCAGGUCUACUUUUUAAAUAAUUUUAGGUAAAAUAAUGAUGACUUUUGUGGGUUAGAUUCCAGAAUAUAUUUCACUAGUUUUGUUUGUCAUCUGUGAUUUGGAAUGCUCUUGUUUCUUCAUCCAUGUAAAUAAUGGGAGAGAAUUUUGAUACCCAUAUUUAGAGGGCUGUUUUGAAAAGUUCAUUUUCUACUUACAAGAUGAAAUUCAAGCUAUCCAUUCUCUGACAUCUUUAUAAUUUUAUUCUUUAGGCAUAAAAACUAUCAAGCUGAAAAAUAUUUGAGAGUAAAUGUGUACUUUUAAUUUUUUUUCUCUUCCAACUAUUUAUGAAAGACCCCUACUUAAGGGGAAAAUGCUUUUAUCAAACCAGGCACUUUCCAUUUCUUUACUUGGAGCAACAUGUUUAUGUUCCAAAGUCUUCUGUUAUUCCAUCAUGUAAAAAUUGGCUAUGUUAUCCAGCAUUUAACACACAGAAUAUUUACCACAUAACAAGCUGGACAUUGUAUUUUGCUGUGAAUUAUGAGUAGGAAGAAAAGUCCUAAUUUUUUCCUUAGAGUUAGGGGCAUAAAUCCAAACCUUGCAAAUAUGUACAAAAAGCCAAAGAACUGGCUCUCAUUCUUCCUUAGUAUUAGCCUGGAUGGAAACAUUUUUGGAAAGUUUGAGAGAAUUUUGCACUUUGGGCCACUCUAAAGGCAUAUGCUAGAAGAUGGCUAUUGACAUUUCAAAUUUAGUUUUGAUGAGAGGUAAAAGAAAAUUUGAGCUUUCACUUAAGACCCAAGAUAUAUUUAUUUAACUAUAUAGCAAUAAAGAACUUUUUCUUUCCUGGUUUAAUCAUCUUCCUUCCAAAAAUAGUGGAAUUGCUAGCAUAAUAAAAUGUAUUCAAGAAAGGCUGGAGUACUGCCAUAUUUGCAUUUGUUAUGUGAAAUUUUAGCAUUUUUGCCAUUUGUAAAACACUGUAGGGACAAUGUCAUUGACCCCAAAUGUUUGUGGAAUUACAGUUAUCAAUUUGAAGAAACUGGGACUUCUCCCCUAACAUCGUCUCUUCUCUAUCCCUCCUAAGUUUGGCUUGUAUGCAAUUUAUUUUUCAGUGCAUACUUGUACAUUUUCUACUCUAAAAAAAAAAAUUGUUUAGUAGUUCACCCUAAUAUUUGAACUAACACUUUUCUGAAGUGUGCAAAUCUUACCUAAAAUAUUGUCUAGGGAAUUAUUUUUUCCAACUCUUCUUAACCAUGGAAGCCAAUAAAAGCUCUCAAUUUUGCUUAUGUAUAAAUCUGUACUCUUUCUUAAAAAAAGAGGGGAAGAUUCUUAAAUUGUUGACAUCUUAAGUUAGAUGUUUUAAAGAUGAGAAUCUUACAAUAAUUCCUCUCUAGGUCAAAGGGAAUUUCUUUUAUUCAGUGCCAUCUUUUUAUCCUUGUUUGAUCUUGAUUCUUGAUGUACAAAAAUACAGAAAGGACUUGUAAUACUAUGAACUGACUUUUUAAAUAAAAUUGUAAUAUUUAUAAAAUAAAAUUAUAUUUAAACUUGUAUACCCAAAGGAAA